AUGGGCUGCUGUAUGAGUCAAGACGACAAGGAGAGUCGUAGCCGCAAUGAGGCCAUUGAAAGCCAGCUCCGAAAAGACCGCAUGCAGAUGCGCAAUGAAGUCAAGAUGCUGCUGCUCGGCGCCGGAGAGUCUGGAAAGUCAACCAUCCUAAAGCAGAUGAAGCUGAUUCACGACGGUGGCUACUCGAAAGAGGAGCGUGAGGCAUUCAAAGAGAUCAUCUUUUCGAAUACAGUGCAGAGUAUGCGCGUUAUCCUCGAGGCCAUGGAUAACAUGGAGCUGCCGCUGUACCAUCCUGCCAACCGCAACUAUGCUAUCAUCAUCAUGAGUCUGCCUGGUCAGAUCGAAGGCGAGCAUAUGCCACAUGAGGUCGCACUCGCGGUCCAGAACCUGUGGCUCGAUCCCAACGUACAACAGGCGUUCCAACGCAGUCGCGAAUACCAGCUGAACGAUUCUGCAAAAUACUACUUUGAUUCGAUCGAUCGGAUUGCCAAGCCCAACUAUGUCCCCACAGAUCAGGACGUGCUUCGGUCACGCGUCAAGACGACGGGUAUUACCGAGACAACCUUCUUGAUCGCCGACUUGACCUACCGGAUGUUCGAUGUCGGUGGACAACGAUCGGAGCGUAAGAAGUGGAUCCACUGCUUCGAGAACGUGACGGCGAUCGUGUUCUUGGUGGCGAUCUCGGAAUACGACCAGCUGUUGCUCGAGGACGAGAACGUGAACCGGAUGCAGGAGGCCCUGGCGCUGUUCGACUCGAUCUGCAACUCGCGCUGGUUCGUAAAAACGUCGAUUAUCCUGUUCCUGAACAAGAUCGAUCGCUUCAGGGAGAAGUUGCCGAUUUCCCCGAUGUGCAAGUACUUCCCGGAUUUCGAGGGUGGAGAUGACUAUGACCAGGCAGCACAGUAUAUCCUCAACCGGUUCGUGAGCCUGAACUUGUCCGAGACCAAGCAGAUCUAUACCCAUUUCACAUGUGCGACCGAUACCAGUCAAAUCAAGUUCGUUAUGGCGGCUGUUAGCGAUAUCAUUAUCCAGACCAACCUGCGGGAUUGUGGGUUGUUGUAA